AUGUCAGGCCCCUCAAGCUCCUCGUCUCCUCUAAUCUCGACCAGACGCCGUGCCUGCACGGCGUGCCAGCAAGCCAAGCGUCGUUGCGACCAGCGGCUGCCACGAUGUGGCCGAUGCACUCAAAAGGGGCUCGAGGACUGCAACUAUCCAUCCCUUGAGGCCGCUGUCGCCGCAGCAGAUUUCAACUUCUUCACCGAUGUUCUCAGCGGCUCCGCGGCAACGCCGGACUCUCUGCAUAACAUCAUGCCGGUACCAAUCGUGCCUGACACCGACAACUCGUGGUCCAUGUUCUACAACAACAACAACAACAACAACAACAACAGCAACAACAACAACAAUAACAACACGGCCGCGGGUCCGACGCCAUCAUCAUCGCUGCUACCGCCGCCGAGCAGUGAAUUCGUCUCCCGGGACACCGUGACGUACUGCAGCGAGCAGUUCAGGAACUACCCUCGGCGCUGGGUCAGCCAGAAUGGCGUAGCCCCCUUUAUACACCCGGCUCUCUACCUCCCUACGACGAACGGCGCUGACGGACUGCCGCCAGUUUUGCAAGACUGUUUCUGCGCAUGCGCAGCAUACUCGGCCAAGAACGACGAAAACGCCGCCCUCGUGCUAGGCGUCCUCGAAGCCAAGGCCACCUCCCUCCUUUACGUCCCAGAGCAGGCGACAUGGACUCUGCCACAACAGGUCGCGGCGCUGCAGGCGCUCGUCAUGUACCAGAUCAUGCGCUGGUUCGAUGGCGAUAUCCGUCAGCGCGUGCUGGCGGACUCUGUGGAGCCCGUCCUCGCAACGUGGACGUCUGCCCUGCAAUCACGCGUGGGCGCAGGCGUAUUUUCGACUGAGGAAGCAAUACCCUCCGUCGUCCUCCCGGAGUCGCACAUUCCGCCACCACAGCAGUCUUCGUCAUCCUCCUCAACGUAUCAACAUGAAGGCCUCUCGCCGAGCAAUUCUCGCUCCAAUACGCCCGGCAGGCUCGCCAAAGAGGAACUGAAGGCCGUCUGGCGCCGCUGGUUGAUGGCGGAGACGAUCCGCCGCGUGCUCGUCAUGGCACACCUCGUCCGCGCGGUAUACGCGACGGCUAAACAAGGAGGGGGUUACGGGAAGCCCCGGGGCGGCGGCGGCGGCGGGCAUCACGGGGCUGGGGCUCACCAUCAACCCCUGAGCCUCUCGGACAUGAGCUUCACGGCCCAGGCGAGGUUAUGGGCAGCAACGACAGCAGAGCGGUGGAAUAGAUCGCGUGAAGGCGAUACCCCUUGGUGGGUUGGCGGGAUGGACUUUUCCGGUCUCCUGGCGCUCGCAGACCCGAGAGAUGUGGAUGAGUUUACGAUUCUGCUCGCCGUUGUGUUUCAUGAUAAAGAUACCAUCGAGGACUGGAUGAAUCACGGCCCUAGUGGCAUGUGA